CUGGGUGUGUACACACCGCCUUGCUCCAGCAGGGUCUCAUCCAGAACCAAGAAUCUGAGCUAUCCUAUGCAGUUUCAGUGCUGUCUAGGGUCCAUAGGAUUGCUCUCUCCCAUGUCACCUUGGGAGGUACUUUGUUUGGAAAAGUAGUGUAUAAAUUUAAAAGACUAUUUUUUUCCAUUUUGCUUUUAUUGACAACUGGGUUGCUGUGCUUAUUGCCUGAUUUUCUCACUUUGCAGUUUUAUGUACUAUUUAUUUUGAGUGAUGGUUUUGAAUUACUUUUUUAUUGUUGGAUACAGUCCAAGAAGUGAAAACUGGUAUAAACAUAAACUUUAAUUAAUGUGUAAGUAACCCACAGUUUUGUGAACCUGGUCAUCUGGUGAGUGCUUUGCUGGAAAGAGAUGUUGAAGCCGUUCUUUCAUUGACCAAGGAGCUGGUAGUGCAGUCAUGUUCCUUACUGGCUUCAGAAAUUAUAUUUCUUUCUUAAUGGUCAUUUGCAUUUUCCUAACCUUAAUUCUCUUCACAAUACUUUUAUAUACGUCAUUGCAUUGCUGCCUUCUAAUAAGCAAAAGGUUUUUUUCUGUCUUUUUUGUGUGGUCAAUCAAUGAUAGGAUCCUUAUUAUAGAUUUAAUGACCUGGCCUACAAAUGGAUCUCCCUGGAUAACUGGACAUAUGACAGAAAAUUCGAAACACCUUUCAAUGCCAGGUAGGAAAACAAGAGAACUAAGGUUUGUGCUGAAAUUCUGUACAUGUUCAAUUUGGUAUCAGUGCUACUGAACUAGCACUGAAAUAAAGAUCUGUGCAGCUGCACUUCCUAUGGCUGAUCUUUGCUUAUGGUUAUUAUGCAAGAAGAAUUAUCUGUGGUCCACUAAAGAUCUCACACUGCCCAGCCUAAGCCUAAGAGAUCUUGACCGGGAGCAACUUGCAGGUUCCUCUGCUCCUUCCCACUUGCAUAAAUCCCUCCCUCUCACUUUUGAAGGUAGUUGCUCAGGCACAGCAUUAUAUAAACCUUGAUUUUUUCACUAAGUAUGACUUCUUCAAACUAUGCUUUUCAAAAUUGCUGCUUUGGUAAGUAAACCGAUUACAGUGGAAGAACUAUAAGAUUUUCCUUAGGAUACCUUUCCCUAGCCUGGCCCUGUUGAGAUUCAUUGGACUACAACUCCUACCAACCAGUCUAGAACAUUUGAUGGGCAAGGCUGGGGAAGGCUGAUUCAAUGCGUUUAACAGAACUGGCUUUCAGGUCACUAUUUGGUUUGCUAAAAAUGCUGUCCGGAUUGACCUGCAUUGAAAUAGAGUAAUGCAACAGAAUGUGUACAAUGAAAUAUGUAAUGCCUGUUUGAAAGACUGAGCUGAACAUUCCUGUCAACCAUGGAGGUCAUCAAUUACAGAGGUAAUAUAGACGUAAUAUAUAUUCAGAGGUAAUACAUACAUCAGUAGUGGAUAGAUUACUUUCUUGUAGGAGGUACUUUGACCCUCACAGUCUACCAACUGGAUCCAAGUGCAAAAUAGUGACAUAGAAUUAAAGCACAAGCACCAAAAUAUAUGGUCAGCCUAGAAAUUUGUUUUUGGUACCAGAAAUGAGCUCACAGUUCCUUCAAAGGUCCACUUCUAGUUUCCCCUCAAGCUGUAUAAUUUCAACAACCUAGUUAUUUUUUAAGGACAAGGGAAAGACAAGAGUUUUUUUGUUUUUGUUAAACAACCAGAAGUCAGAAACUCUUGUUAAUGUACUGGAAAGACCCGAAGAUCUACCAACAGAUCUGCCUUCUCCUGGAUGACAUCAGUAUUUUUGGAGUAGACAAGAAAUAGUUGCUUCUUAAGCUAUUUCACGAUGUGGAUUUAUUGGCCUAGAGUACACAUUAUACUGGAUCCUUGCAAAGCAUGAUUUACAGAUGGGAAGCCAGCCUUAGAUGUUAAAAUAGACAAGGGAAAGGAGGAGGGAAUUUGUGUCAGAGAGGGCAGAAGGAAGGGGCAGAAAAUAUAUGCUCCUGGUGUUGGCUCUGGUUUUUCACACCUGGGCUUUUCGAAGGAUUCUACGUCUGUACGAGAUCAUCGCUGCACUACGGAGGCCCUGAUGAUCUGGCAUUUUCCUGUUCUCUUUCCACAGCAUGUGGCAAAAAGUGAGUUUGGUUUUUGAGGGACUGGAUACAGUAGCACAGAUUGUGGUCAAUAAUGUCACCAUUGGGAGGACGGACAACAUGUUCAACAGAUACAGCUUUGAUAUUACUGAUGUGCUCGAGAAGAUCAAUGUGAUUGAGGUUCAUUUUUUAUCUGCAGUUUGGUAUGCUGAGAAGCAGAGUGAACUGCACCAGGCAUACAGGGUGCCACCUGAAUGCCCCCCACCUGUGCAGAAAGGACAGUGUCAUGUUAACUUCAUUAGAAAGGAACAGUGUUCAUUUAGCUGGGACUGGGGCCCCUCUUUUCCCACCCAAGGAAUUUGGAAGGAUGUUAGAAUUGAAGCAUAUAAUCUUUGUCGCCUCGUCUAUUUCUCUGUGACUCCUCACUAUGCACAAAACCUUCAGCUGUGGAGCCUCGAAAUAGAGUCGGUUUUUGAUGUUGUCAGCAACAAGUCGGUGGGUGGUCUUGUGAUGGUGAGCAUUCCUGAGCUGCAGACCUGGCAGGCACUCCCUGUGCAGCUUCAUCCUGAGGAAGGUGUGAUCACACUGCUCAUUAACAUCAGUAAGAGUGUGGCUCUGGAGACUUGGUGGCCAAGAGGACAUGGAAACCAGACUGGAUACAACAUGACGGCAACAUUCAUUCUAGAAGGAGGAUACAAGAUUGAGAAGUUUUCAAAGGUUUAUUUUCGAACAGUGGAGCUUAUAGAAGAGCCCAUUCCUGGAUCACCUGGUUUGAGUUUUUAUUUCAGAAUUAAUGGACUCCCCAUCUUUAUGAAGGGAUCCAACUGGAUUCCAGCUGAUUCCUUUCAAGAUAGAGUCACUUCUAAAAUGUUAAGACUUCUCUUGCAGUCAGCAGCAGAUGCCAACAUGAAUAUACUGCGGGUUUGGGGAGGAGGCAUAUACGAGCAAGAUGAGUUCUAUGACAUCUGCGAUGAACUAGGAAUCAUGAUUUGGCAGGACUUCAUGUUUGCUUGUGCACUUUAUCCGACAGACCAGAGCUACUUAGACUCAGUAAAAGCAGAAAUUACUCAUCAGGUAAAGCGACUAAAAUCUCACCCAUCUAUCAUAUUGUGGAGUGGGAACAAUGAAAAUGAAGCUGCAAUAGCCUUCAACUGGUUCUCUGUUCCACCUGUAAAGAGGAACAUUUAUUCAAGAGAUUAUGUGACACUUUAUGUCAACAACAUCCAAGAAAUCGUUCUUGCUGAGGAUAAGAGUCGUCCUUUUAUUACCUCAAGUCCUACCAAUGGUUUGGAGUCAGCCAAGGAAGGCUGGCUGGCCAAGAACCCUUAUGACACUCAUUUUGGAGAUACUCAUUACUACAAUUACAGAACUGAUUGCUGGAAUUGGACUACAUAUCCCAGAGCUCGAUUUGCCUCUGAAUAUGGUUUUCAGUCCUGGCCUUCCUUCAGUACCCUGGCAGAGGUAUCGGCAGAAGAGGACUGGUCUUACGGCAGCAACUUCUCCCUGCAUCGGCAGCAUCAUGCAGAGGGGAAUGAGCAAAUGCUUCAGCAAGCCGCACUCCAUUUUAAGCUGCCUCAGAACACUACUCCUCUCAAACACUUCCAGCAGACAAUUUACCUCACUCAAAUUAUGCAGGCGCAGUGCAUAAAGUCUGAAACAGAGUUCUAUCGUCGCAGCCAAAGCGAGAUCAUCAAUGGGGAGGGACGGACAAUGGGUGCGCUGUAUUGGCAGCUCAACGAUAUUUGGCAGGCCCCUUCUUGGGCUUCCCUGGAAUAUGGUGGCAAGUGGAAAAUGCUCCAUUAUUUUGCCCAGAAUUUCUUUGCUCCUUUAUUGCCUGUGGCAUUUGAAGAUGAAGAUGUCCUCUACAUAUAUGGUGUCUCAGAUCUUCAUGCAGACUAUGAGCUGACACUCAGAGUUGUCCUGUACGAUUGGCGUUGGAUGGAGCCAGUGUGUACCUUGGCUAAGGAGGGUGUGAUCAUUAAAGCAGGGAGUGCUGUGCCCAUCUAUAAGGAGCCGAUCAGUGACCUUCUGAAAAGAUGUGGAAAUUGCACUAGGCAGAGCUGUGUGAUCACCUUUUGCCUUGAUGGUGAAAACAAGCCCUCCAGUCCAGUGAACUACCACUUCCUGUCUUCACUGAAGGAUGCUGUAGGAUUACAGAAUCCACAGCUUCAGGCUUCCAUUUCCCAAGAAGGAGAACAGUUUCAGCUUGUCCUGGAAACAAGAGCCAUUGCUCCCUUCGUUUGGUUGGCUGUUGGGAACAUCCCAGGAAGGUUCAACAACAAUGGCUUUCUUCUCACAGAGAAGCGAAAACUAGUAUUGUUUUACCCCUGGGAGGCUACUAGUGUCAAGGAGCUGGAGAAAUCACUCAGCUUAACAUCACUGGCAGAUAUUUCCUGAGGAAAACUCUGCAGAAACAGAGAGGGGAAGUCUAAUGGAAACAGGAAGCUUUUCCAGGCAUGGAACUCAGCAGCUAGUGAUUUACAAAAUGGGACGAUUAAAUGGCAGUCUUGUCUAGCUUCUUGUCUGUUUGGAACCCCUUUCUUCAGUGGACUGAGGCCAAGAGCUGAUUUGCACAUUUUGAAAGUGAGGCUACUUUAAAAGGUUAGAUAAACAUAUUCAUAUUUUCAUGUUCUAAGAGUGCUUCAUGAGAUCAAUGAAAUGACAUUUGUACAGUAUGUGUUUGUUAACUUUCAGUGUCAUCCCUCUAUAUUCCAGAAGUAGAGUUUACAUUUCCAAGAAAAGGUUGAGCUGCUCCUGAAGCAGAUUGUGAAUUCAUCUUAAUAAUCUUCACUUUAUAAGGGAAUUGGACAGUGGCUGGUGCUAUACCCAGCCCAUCUAAUUUUUGGGCUAGCUCUCUUAAUUACUGUUUUAAAAAAACAAUGGGGUUACAGUUUUGCCAAAACUCAGGAAAGUGGACCAGGGCUUCCCUUAAAGGACAUUUCCCCAAACCUUUGCAAUUAGAGCACUGCCACCAACCCACCAUGGCACAGUGAAAGUUGACCAUCAGCAUAUAACCUUCCACCUGGUGCCUUCUAGAUUGGUCCUGGUGUCAAUACUGCUAAAGAGGGCAGGAAAGAGAUCCUAAGAAUGGCUGUGGUCAUUUAUAGAAGGCCUUCCCUCUUAGUAGUCAAAACCAUCAGUUGACUUUAAAUUUAUAUGUUGUGUAAAUCUUGUAAACUUAAGAUGUUUUGUAACUCU